CGGAAGCAUUUGCAUUUCACAAGGCAGUCAGUGUUUCGAGGGUCGGCGAAGGUUUGCUCAUCAACAAGUCAGGGUCAACGGGAUGCUUCGAUCGCGAGCACAGGGACAGGUGCAGCGGAUUGCGGCGAGGUCGCUCAGCCCGCCAUGCUCUUCUUCGGCAUGGCGCGAGGGGGCCCGAGCAGUGCCGAGGCCUUCACAUGCGCCGAGAAUAGGUUGCUUCUCGACGACGACUCGUGUGUCACAGGGAGAAUCAUCGGCCACCUCGUCGUCGUCGUCUACAAGGCCAGGCAGGUACAUUGAGACGCCGUCGUUUCCCCCACCUUCGUUUCCGCGCGCAUUCGGGGCAAACCAGGUGGUGCCACUCGACGACGAGCUGCGAGGGCGCCUCGAAAAGGUCAUGUCCCACUUCAAUGUUCCCUGCCGCUUUGCCUUUGCCUAUGGAUCCGGCGUCUUUCCUCAGAGCGAGGCCGGGCCCGAGCAUGCCAAGAAGCCCAGCACCAAGGACGGCAAGAAGAUGAUUGACCUCGUGCUGGCAGUCAUGCACCCCGAGCACUGGCACGCCAUCAACAUGGGCGACCAUCCAAAGCACUACAGCCUAAUUUCAAGGAUGCUGGGGGGCAUCGGCGUAGGCCUCUUGCAGAAGCGAGGCGCGGGGCUCUGGUACAAUCCAUACGUCAAGAUGGACGACGAGCUCGUCAAGUACGGUGUCAUGGAUGUCGAUACACUCUGCCAGGACCUGCUGGACUGGGACACUCUGUACAUCAGCGGGCGCAUGCACAAGCCCGUCGCCAUGCUCACCACCGACGCGCGCGUCCGUCUGGCCCAGCAGGUCAACCUCACCUCGGCCCUCCGCACCUCGCUGCUCCUCCUCCCCGAGCGCUUCUCCGAGGUGGAGCUCUACACGCAGGUUGCCUCGCUCUCCUACACAGGCGACUUUCGCAUGAGUGUACCGGGCGGCGAGAACUCGAGCAAGGUCCGCAAUAUUGUCUUGGCUCAGCGCGAGAUGUUCCGCCGGCUGUAUGCAGGCCUGGUCAGGAGUCUCGGCACCGUACAUGUCGAGGAGAUGCGAGAAGACCGCUUUGCCAUGACUCAAGAUCGAUCCGUCAAGACUCGUGCAUCAUAUGCCAGCCGUCUGCCCCUGAGGCUGCGCGAGAAGCUGCAGCUCCACUACACGUCCUUCCCCGAUCGCCACCCGGCGUUUGCAAAGCUGUCGCUCUCGACAAGGAGUGACAAUGUCGCGCGCAAGCCGGGUGCAAAGGCCGCCCAUCUCGACCCGACGGCAGCCGAAGAGUUCUGGGAAGCCACCGUCAAGCAGGACGACUUUGAGCAGGUCUUGCUCGACAAGAUUGGCGAGAUUGUCCGCGGCCCAGCGUGGAGCCAGAGCCUCAAGGGCAUCUAUACUGCCGGGCUUGGACGUAGCCUUCGCUACAUGAUGGCCAAAGUUGGCAAGUACUUCGAAGGGAAGAAAGCCGAUCAAAAGUAAAUAGCAAUCCGAUGAAGAUAAUUAAGCACCAUUCAUUACGGAGGCAUGUCGCGGUCGUCACGGGAUAUGUACUGUACAGCGCAGGGG